AUGGAUCACCUUGACCCCUCCAUGGGGGCCGUCUGCUACGGCAGAGCUACCGCUGGGCUGGCGUGGACCAGCCUGCUCACUUGCCCGCUCGUGGUGCCUGGCCAAGCGGGUGAGACCCGGGAGCCAGCUGCCUCGGUUUUGGAGAACCGUAACGGGGGCAGUGGGAGCUCACAUGGGCAACUGGACCACACCAACCUGUUGGGAGUGCACCUGGGAAUGGAGAAGACCCGGAAAUGGAUCACCGCCCGGUUCCACCGGCCUGGGAUGAGGAGGGCCGUGGAAGACUAUUGUCGCAGCUGUCCGGAGUGUCAAAUCAAUGCUCUAAAAGCACACUUCCGAAACCCGCUGGUCCCCCUAACGAUCACUGGGGUGCCCUUUGAACGCAUUGCCAUGGACAUAGUGAGACCCCUGGGAUUCGCCCGGAAGCUGUUCCACCUCUUUAGCCGGAUGGGCAUCCCGAACGAGAUCCUGACAGACCAAGUCGACGUGAGCGUGGCACUGCCCUUGCAGGUGCCCCCGGCUGCCAUUCCCAUGGACCUACGCCUGGACCAGCCCUUUGGCCUGGCACCGCGACCAGACGAUCAGUGCCACCAAGGACAGGUCCCAGGUCAGCGGGAGCAGCAGCUGCAGCAGGAGUUGCUGGCCCUCAAACACAAACAGCAGUUCCAGAGACAGGUGCUCAUCGCUGAGUUCCAGCGGCAACAUGAGCAGCUCUCACGCCAGCACGAGGCCCAGCUACAGGAGCAUGUUAAGCACCAGCAGGACCUCCUGGCUCUGAAGCAUCAGCAGGAGCUGCUGGAGCACCAGAGGAAGAUGGAGAGACACCGCCAUGAGCAAGAGAUAGAGAAGCAUCAGAGGGAGCAGAAACUCCUACUGCUUAAGAACAAGGAGCGUUGCCAGGAGAGUGCGGUGGCCAGCACAGAGGUCAAGAUGAGGCUGCAGGAGUUUGUCCUGAACAAGAAGAAAGCCCUGGCCCAGCGCAGCCUCAACCACUGCAUGUCUACUGACCCACGCUAUUGGUACGGGAAGACCCAGCACAGCUCCCUGGACCAGAGCUCCCCUCCCCAGACAGGGAUGUCCACUUACAACCACGCCAUCCUGGGGAUGUACGACCCCAAAGACAACUUCCCUCUCCGCAAGACAGCCUCUGAGCCCAACUUGAAGCUCCGGUCCAGGCUAAAACAGAAGGUAACGGAGCGCAGAAGUAGCCCACUUCUACGCAGGAAGGACGGUCCAAUUACCACCGCCAAGAAGCGCUCUCUGGACAUGGCUGAAUCGGCCUGCAACAGCGCUCCUGGCUCGGGCCCCAGUUCGCCCAACAACAGCUCCAGUAACAUCACCAAUGAGAAUGGCAUCGCUGGCUCCAUGUCCAGUAGUUCAGUAGAGGCCUCCCUGGCCCACAGGCUGGCUGGCCGAGAGGGCCCCUUGAGCCAGCUGUCUCUGUACACAUCACCCUCGCUGCCUAACAUCACCCUGGGCCUGCCAGCCACCGGCCCUUCCAGCAUGACGUCGGGCCAGCAGGAAGGCGACAGGCUUUCAAUGCACGACAGACUGCAGCAGGGCUUCCCCAUAACCACUCCCUUCAUCCCCGGGGCCCACCUGCCCUCCUACCUGACCGAUGGGGGCUCGGCACACAACCCCCUCCUCCAGCACAUGGUCCUCCUGGAGCAGUCCCAGAACCCACUAGGCCUGAGCGGGAUGCCCCUGCAAUCGUCCUCCAUUCACAAGCUGCGUGGGCAGCACCGUCCCCUGGGGAGGACCCAGUCGGCCCCUCUGCCCCAGAAUGCCCAGGCCCUGCAGCAGCUGGUGGUCCAGCAGCAGCACCAGCAGUUUCUGGAGAAACACAAGCAGCAGUUCCAGCAGCAGCAACUGCACAUCAACAAGAUGAUGGCCAAGCCCAGUGAGCCAGGGCCGGGGCCGGGUCGGCAGCACGAGAGUCACCCGGAGGAGACAGAAGAGGAGCUAAGGGAGCACCAAGCCCUAUGUCCCCAGGACGGAGGCCACAUGUGUGGAGUGACAGUCAAGCAGGAGCCCCCGGACCCCCAGGAAGAGGAGAGGGACCACAGAGAUAGGAUAGUUGACCAGGAGCUGCUCUUCAGACAGCAGGAUGUGUUGUUGGAGCAGCAGAGAAUCCACCAGUUGAGGAACUACCAGGCUUCGAUGGAGGCAGCCGGCCUGUCAAUCACCUUCCCAGCGCACCGCCCCCUCUCCAGGGCCCAAUCAUCUCCUGCCUCGGCCUGCUUCCCCCCCAUCGUGGUGCAGCAGGAACCACCCACCAAGCCUCGCUUCACCACCGGACUGGUGUAUGACACGUUGAUGCAGAAGCACCAGUGUAUGUGUGGCAACACCAACACACACCCGGAGCACGCCGGACGCAUCCAGAGCAUCUGGUCUCGACUACAAGAGACAGGACUGAGGGGCAAGUGUGAGUGUAUACGGGGGCGGAAAGCCUCACUGGAAGAGCUGCAGACGGUUCACUCUGAGGCCCACGUCCUUCUGUAUGGAACCAACCCACUUCGACAGAAGCUAGACAGUUCAGUUACUCCCAUGUUUGUGAGGCUGCCUUGUGGAGGGGUGGGGGUGGACAGCGACACCAUCUGGAACGAGGUCCACUCGUCCAGCGCUGCUCGUCUAGCUGUGGGCUCCGUCGUGGAGCUUUGCUUCAAAGUGGCGGCUGCAGAGCUCAAGAAUGGUUUUGCUGUAGUCCGGCCCCCUGGACACCAUGCAGAGGAGAGCACACCUAUGGGAUUCUGUUACUUCAACUCAGUGGCCAUCGCAGCUAAACUCUUGCAGCAGAGGCUCAGUGUCAGUAAGAUCCUGAUUGUGGAUUGGGAUGUUCACCAUGGCAACGGCACACAACAAGCGUUCUACAGCGAUCCCAACGUUCUCUACCUGUCACUCCAUCGCUACGACGACGGCAACUUCUUUCCUGGCAGUGGAGCGCCUGAUGAGGUGGGCACUGGGGCAGGUAUGGGCUUCAAUGUGAACAUGGCUUUCACCGGGGGACUGGAACCACCCAUGGGAGACGCAGAGUACCUGGCUGCCUUCAGGACGGUGGUGAUGCCCAUCGCCAAUGAGUUUGCCCCCGACGUGGUGCUGGUGUCGUCUGGCUUCGAUGCCGUGGAGGGCCAUGCGUCACCCCUGGGAGGGUACAGGCUGACAGCCAAAUGUUUUGGAUACCUGACCAGGCAGCUGAUGGGGCUAGCCGGAGGCCGCAUGGUACUGGCCCUGGAGGGGGGCCACGACCUCACUGCUAUUUGUGACGCAUCCGAAGCCUGCGUCUCUGCUCUGCUAGGAAUCGAGUUGGAUCCUAUCCCUGAGGAGGUGAUGCAGCAGAGGCCCAACCCCAACGCUGUUCACUCCAUGGAGAAGGUGCUGGAGGCACACAGUAAAAACUGGCGCUCUCUGCAGCGCGGGGCCUCCACGCUGGGCUACUCUCUGAGCGAGGCUUGCCGGUGUGAGUCGGAGGAGGCCGAGACCGUCACCGCCAUGGCCUCCCUCUCUGUGGCCAACAAGCAGAGGAAGUACGUCCCCUCGAGCGAGGAGGAGCCUAUGGAGGGCUGA